CAGACGAAGCAGCAGCAGCAGCCUCGCUCGGUUGGACAGCUAACGGUUCGACUCCGAGAGACGGGAGCGAAUAAAAAUAAAUAAAUAAACAAUUUAACGGCAACUACAGAAGACGACACCCGGCUCCGGUCACCUCGCCCGUGUCGCCUCGGUAAUGCAACGGCGCCGGUAGACGACGGACACCGGCCGAAGUUGAGCGUGUGAGGACCGAUUUGACGUUCGCAAGCGGGGCAGUCGGCGGGGAUGGGAAAUGAUGGAGGACAAAGGCCCUCGUGUAGCCGACUACUUUGUGGUGGCCGGUCUGACGGACCCGUCCAAGCCGUUGGACCAGGAGAUCCACUUUGAUGAUGUCUGCCACAAGACGGCCAAACCUAAGGCGCCCAUCACCGAUGUGGCCGUGGUGAUCCGCUCGAUGGGCGAGGAGGCGCCGCCGGGGUUCACCUGCAUAGAGACGACACCGAGCGGCCAGUCGGCUGAUCUCAACAAUGGAGGCCUCAUGGCGCCGCAGAUCUUCCUGUGCUACAGGCGAGGCCGCGACAAGCCACCACUCACUGACCUGGGCGUUCUGUACGAGUGGAAGGAGCGGCUGAAGCAGGGCUGCCACCUCAUCCAGACCACGCCCUCCGGCCGCCCGGCCAACAUCAGCGGGAACUCCUCCCAGCGCAUCUACGUCACCUACCGCCGGGCGCCCGAGAGCCAACCGCACGCCGCCCUGGCCGUCACCGACAUCUGCAUCAUCAUCCCGAGCAAGGGGGAGACGCCACCGCACACGUUCUGCAAGGUGGAGAAGAAUCUCAACAGCAGCAUGUGGGGCUCCUCUGUCUACUUGUGUUAUAAGAAGUCUGUGGCCAAAACCAACACAAUAGCCUACAAAGCAGGUUUAUUCAGCAGAUAUCCAGAGGAGGACUAUGAGUCUUUCCCUCUGCCAGAGUCUGUCCCUCUCUUCUGCCUUCCCAUGGGGGCCACGAUCGAGUGCUGGCCGGCCAACACCAAAUACUCCCUCCCUGUUUUCUCCACUUUUGUCCUCACCGGAGCCUCUGGAGAAAAGGUUUACGGUGCUGCCAUCCAGUUCUACGAGCCCUACCCGCCGGAGUGUCUGACCGAUCAGCAGCGCUCUCAGCUGGGUCUCCUGAACCCGGACAAACCCUCCUCCUCCUCCAACACCGCGGCUGCUGCCACCAACAGCGCCACGACCAGCCCCGCCAUUCCUCGCUCGGUCCACACCAACAAGUGCAUCUGCCUGCUCUCCCACUGGCCCUUCUUCGACGCUUUCCGCAAGUUCCUCACAUUCCUCUAUCGCUACUCCAUCUCCGGCCCUCACGCCCUCCCCAUUGAGAAGCACAUCUCUCACUUUAUGCACAAAGUUCCCUUCCCGUCCUCUCAGAGGCCUCGCAUCCUGGUGCAGCUUUCCCCUCAUGACAGCCUGAUGUUGAGCCAGCCCGUGUCGUCUCCUUUGCCGCUCAGUGGCGGCCGGUUCUCCACACUGCUCCAGAACCUCGGACCAGAAAAUGCCGUCACCUUGCUGGUGUUUGCCGUCACUGAACACAAGAUCUUGGUCCACUCGUUACGACCGGCUGUUCUGACCAGUGUCACCGAGGCUCUGGUGUCUAUGAUCUUUCCGUUCCACUGGCCAUGCCCUUAUAUCCCUCUCUGCCCCCUGGCUUUGGCUGACGUCCUGAGCGCCCCCUGUCCCUUCAUUGUGGGAGUGGACUCUCGCUACUUUGAUCUUUAUGAUCCACCGCCAGAUGUGAGCUGCGUGGACUUGGACACUAACACCAUCUUCCACAAUGAAGAUAAGCGAGCCCUCACGUGGAAGAUCCUGCCAAAGAAAGCCUGUAAAAACCUAAUGAAUGUGCUGAGCAAUCUCCACCAGCAGCUGGUUGACGGUCAGUACCGGCCUGAUGGGCUGCUGGAGUUGAGCAUGAGCGACACGUCCGAGCUGAGCUGUGGGAAGAGCCUCCAUACGCUAGAGCUGGAGAUCCAGGAAGCCUUCCUGCGCUUCAUGGCAGCCAUUUUGAAAGGCUACCGCUCCUUCUUGCGACCCAUCACCCAGGCACCGUCGGAGAAAGCCACCGACGCCAGCUCGCUUUUUGACCUGCAAGGGUUCCUGAAGAGCCGCGAUCGCUCACACCAGAAGUUCUACUCUCUAAUGACCAAGACCCAGAUGUUCAUCCGCUUCAUCGAGGAGUGCUCUUUCGUCAGUGACAAAGACGCCAGUCUGGCCUUCUUUGACGACUGUGUGGACAAAGUGGACAGUGACAGGCUGGAGGAGACCCGGCUGAUAGAGAUUGAUGAAUCCCAGCGCAGCGAGCACACAGUCUUCAUCACACCUCCAGAGCUGCCUCCGCUGCCCGACGGGGAGGAAUAUCCGCUGUGCUACAGGUACGAUGGUUUCCCAGUGUUAAGUCUUGACCUGUUUGACCCGGUGGAGGGCCUGCGGACGCCCUCAUCCCGCCUCGCUGCCAGGCACAGCUGCCCCACCAGCCCUGCCCCCAUGUUCAGACGCACCAAGCAGGAGAUCAAGUCAGCCCAGAAGAUCGCCAAGAGGUACUCGUCUAUCCCUCAGCUGUGGUCCAAGUGCCUCCUCCGUCACUGCUAUGGUCUGUGGUUCAUCUGUCUGCCGGCGUAUGUGAAGGUUUGUCACUCCAAGGUUCGGGCUCUUCGCACCGCCUACGACGUCCUCAGGAAGAUGCAGGUGAAGAAGCUGCAGCCCCCUGAUGAGGUGUGUUACCGGGUGCUGAUGCAGCUGUGUGGACAGUACGGUCAGCCGGUCCUGGCAGUCAGGGUCCUAUUUGAGAUGAAGAAGGCCGGAGUUCACCCCAAUGCCAUCACUUACGGCUACUACAACAAGGCGGUGCUGGAGAGCACGUGGCCGUCCAGCACCAGAGGAGGAUAUUUCCUGUGGAUGAAGCUGAGAAACGUCAUCCUGGGCGUGGCGCAGUUCAAACGAGCGCUGCGACGACACGCUCCCCUGACCCAGAGCCCUCUGUCAGAUGGCAGCGACCUGGACGCUGUGAGUCACGGCAGCCUGGAUAGCUCUGCCGACACUAACCUGGCCGACGCCACCAAAGUAGACCCCACUGACGAUAGAUCUAGCACAGGAGAUCAGUCAGAUUUGGGUUAUAACUCUCUGUCCAAAGAGGAGGUUCGCAGAGGAGACCACACCACCCAGGACUCCACCGCUGACAAAGAUGACAAGAAGGAGAGCGACUGCAGCUCCUUGUCAGAGACGGAAAGUGCCAAAGGAAGCAAAGACUGCCUCCCUCAGCUGGACUUGGAGAUCAAUUCCUCCUUCAAACCCCGCGGCAUCGUUCGCAGCAGUUGUCCAUUUGACGAUUCAGCGAGUAAACCCAAAAGCUCCGCCAGCGCAGGUCACGUUGCAGGUCUCCUUUUCACCUCCUCUCUGGAUGAGAUCGGUGAGGUUCACACCAACAGUCUGCUCCGGAGACAUAAGAGCGCUCUGGAGGAGGUGGUGGGCAGCGCCAGCAGCGGCUCGGCUCUCGACUGGCAGAGCGCGAGGAACCGGCGGCUGAGCGGCGACACGGUGGGCAGCAGCGGCAGCGGCACCACCGUCCUCGGUCUGGGCAUGAGCCAGGGUGAAACCGACCCGGAUAAGAUCGCAGGACACCUGGGAGCAGAUGCCAAAAUUCUUUCCGGCGCCAACUUCAGCAAGAGUAAGAGGCCUCACUCGCUGGUUCUGGGCGGGUUGGAGGGGGCAGCUGCAAAGGCAAACGCAGCUAGAAGUCAUGUGGAGGAGGAAGAGGAGGAGACGGAGGGGCAGGACUCCAGCGAUGAAGACAGGAGCAACAUGGAGGCCAUUUUUGAUUUGGAGGAUCUGGAUUUAGACAAACCUGCCACAGGGGCAAAACUUCGCAACAAACCUCACAAGAAACCUGUUGAACGCAGUGCGAGCUACGGCGGCAUGACCUCCAUGACGCCCAGAGGAGCAGUGAAGCGCACCGGCAUCGAAACCGGCUAUGACCCCCUGUCCCUUCUGGCUGCAGAGUCUCAGUCAGAGCAGCAGAGCGAGGACCGGGAGCCGGAGGGGGACGAGGUCAGCACGCCGAGCGCCCGCCGGGACCUGGCCAGGGAGAUCGAGCUCUACAUGAACCACAUGGGCAGCCCUCUGAGCAGCCGGACCCCCAGCCUGGACCUGCAGGACCCGGUCAGCCCCCUGCUCCUGCACCCCUCAACACAGUGUGCCCCCCGCAGAGCCAGCCUGCCCCACAGCUCCCCCCUCAGGACCGCCGGAGUGCCGCGUUCCCGCACCUUCCAGCCGCCCUCGCCCUCCCAGCCCAUCUCCCGCCAGCGCCUCUGGUCGUCGCCUCCCUGUCGGAGCUCCAGCACCACCCCCAGCCCCAGCCCCCGGCCCAGCCCCUACAGGGAGAGGUCCGACCGGAUGAGCCUGGCGUCGCCGUCGCCCUCCUCCUCCUCCUUCGCUCUGGACACUCUGCUCACGCCGACGCUGGACAUGUUCAAGACCAGCGUGUUCUUUGCAGGGAAGGGCGUCGCAGAGAAGGCGAGCCGCUGGUAUUCCCGUCUAGCCACGUACACGACACCAACCAAGGACGGUCACAGCGACCAUCUGAGCGUGUCGUCUCUCGGUGUUGGAGAUCCAGACUGCUCCUCUCUGCUGGAUGAGGAUGACUGUGGGAGGUCCGAGUCGUCUGUCGUGUCUCCACAGAGGAACGGUCCUGUCGGGCCCCUGGGACCCCGCAGGAGCCCCAAACGUAGCCCCCUCCGGAGCAGACUGGACAGCCCGACGGCAGGCUCCAACCACGGGAGACCCACUUCUCUGAUCCCUG